AUGACCAAUCAUUAAAUAUAAAAUAAGUACUGCAACUAUCCUAAAUUCAAAAAAAAAAAAAUUGAUUAAUAAAAAUGUAAAAAAAUAGAAAUGGAACAACUUCCAAAAGCUACUGUUUAACAGUUUAUAAAGAGUUCCACAAAUGGAGAUAUGAAAUGCUCUAAUGAAUUUGUGACUUAAGUGAUGUCAAUGGCUAGGGAAUAUAUCUAAUUAGUUUCUGAUCAAGCAAAUACAAUUUGCUUAGAGCAAGGAAAGAAGACAAUAUCAGGGGAAUUUUUCUAUAAGGCUAUUUCAAAAUUGAAAUUAGACAGUUAAAUACCCCAUCUUAAAGAAAUCGAAGAAGAAAUUAAAGAAGAAGUGAAUGUGAAAAAUCAAAAUAGAGCAAGGUUUUAAGAUGAGGAGCACUUGAAAUAGUUAGAAGAAUAAUAGAAAUAAUUAUACGAAAAAGCAAAAUUGGAGAAUAGUAAGAGUAUGAUAGAUGAUGAAGAACAUGGCAAAUCAAGGAAAUUGAAUAUACAAUUUGAAUAAGAUGAUGAAGAUCAACAAUGA